AUGCUGGCCGGAAUCUUUGGUUGGAUUUCGCUCCUCUUCGAACCUCUCGCCGAUGUCAAUAUCCCUCCCAUUCAGCCACAAGAGCGCCUCCGGCCCGAACAUCGACCUUGGCACCAGAUUAUAACCGGGGUUUAUGGUCGCCCACCCCUUUGGAAGAUCCAUGACCGCCACGGAGACGUGAGCUGGAGAUUCCAUCGCGACGACGUUACCCAGAAACUACCCCACGAUGUUCACAAAUGUCUCUAUGCCCACGCGAACGAUGCCACCGAGGUUAAAUAUAUGAAUAACGGCACAAGCGUCGGUGGUGUCUAUAGUGACCUUGCUGUCGUUAUGAACCACACUCCCGAGAACCCAGUUACGGAUAAGCUUUUUACCUUUACGCUUUGUAGGAGGAACGACGUCCUCUGGAAUGCGCAUACACUUGAACCCCUGCCGAACGAUCUACUCGCCGUGGGUACCACAGGCCAGCGAGCCUGGGAUGGUAUCCUUGUCUAUAAUGCUAGCGCUGCCAACCCUCUUAUGGCAAACCCUCCUAUUAUCCAAAACAUCACCGGAUUACGAGCUAUACACGGGUUAAUAUGGGAUGAGCAGGGACAGAUGCUAUGGGCUGCUGGAACAGACGCCGCGGCAGAUGGUAGUGAUCCGGUCCCUGCAUACGGAACUAUUAUUGGGUAUCCCUGGAAUAGGACGUCGGGUCUACUAGAGAAGGACGACCGGUAUAUCUAUAAAUUGCCCGAGGCGAAACGGAUCGAGGCCGAAUGGGGCAAGGGAUAUUCUUGGUGGGCCGGGUUACAUGACCUAGUCCCUCUCCCCGGUCAGCGGAAAUUCCUUGUGUCGGAAGAUCGCGGUCUCCAUGCCUUUGAUAUCGAGACGGGGCAGUACACAGAACAUUAUGAGAAUGUUACAGAGAAAUACCUACAAGGUUUCGAAGUUACUACCAAAGGUCGCCACGGGUAUACAGACGGCGAGUGGGAGGAGCUGCCGCAGUCGGACCUAAAGAGUUUCAAUGUUGCUCCCGAUGGCAGUUUCAUAUACGUGCAGUCCUUAUGGACUAAGUUCCGUGGUUUCCAUACAAGUUUGGUGAUCAACGGAAAGAGGCGCAAGAUCAACAUUGGCGACGAGAUCUACAGAUCGCGGUGGUUUGGAAACCUCGACGGCUGGCCUAAACCCUGA